AUAAAUAUCAAAACUUCUAUGCUGUGGGACACUCUUUCCAAUUCAAUUUUUGUCCCUCUUCAUCAAUUACAGACUAUUUAAUGAGAAACUGAAUUUCUUUGUUGUCCAUUCAUUUUUUCUGGGCAAGUGGAGAACUUCUAAGAUUGUGGCUUUGGGUUUAUUUGAAGCUGGCUCAGCUGUGUGUUAGAUAAGAGAUCGCCUUUCUAUCCCCUUCACCAUCAUCGAAGCUACUUGCUUCACACAGGUCCUUGUGCGAUGCUAUUGCCCGUGAGCCAUUCAUGAUUACUGACAAAUAGCUAGUAACCAGAAGCUCUUCGUUAUACCCAAACACCCAAGCUCGACCGUCAAUUUCAAGUACAGCGAUUUGCAAGAUGGACGAAGGGUUCACAAAUGGCAAAAGCCAUGCACAAUACCUUCAGAACAUGCUUCAAGGAGGUUCGAGCGAUACGAUAUCGCGUGCUACUUCACCGGGUCUCGAAUUUGGAGCCGACGGGAUCGAUAUGGAUCGGGAGAAACGAUACAGACCCAGAACAUUUCCCUACUUUCAAUUAUUACCAUAUAAAGUCGAGGAGGAGACGGAACGCAAUGCGGCGCUGGCAGAAAUCAUUAAACAGCUUUACAUUGCUUUGAAAGCAGAAGAUAUCGCUCCUGGUGCUGUACAUUGGACAAGAGAGCUAAGAGCAUGGCUGAGUCUGAAAUUCGACAUCACUCGAGUGCUACGGGUGAAGCUUGUAAAGCUGUAUUACAUGCUUUCACUGGCCCCAGGUCUGGACUUAAGUAAUGGAGAAAGAUUUGAAAGCAUGUUUCGAUUCCUUUUGACAAGGUAGGUCAGGUUAUCUUCAUUAUUAUGCACAACUAAUGAUCCACUAGAAAAAAGCAUCAUCUCAAACCUGGAGCGGAUCUUGUCCUUGAUUGGCGACCGCUUUGGAGGGAGAUCAAAGGUCUUGUUCUUCCCCACGAAAUGGCAGCCCAUCAGGGUAGUCGAAAGCGAAGCCACAAGAACGUUUCGAGCCUGGCCGCUUAUGCAUCACAGUUCUUCGAUCCUCGUGAAAGAAAAGCUAUGUUCGAGGAAAUUUUACCAUACUUUAGCACUUCAGAUUGUUCAUAUGCAUUCAUUACCCUUGGAGCUCUGAAUAUGAUGAUGCCAACACAGCCAGGACCAAAUGAAUUGGGCUUGCUCCAACAACCCCAAGAUUAUCUGCCUACCCUCUUCCAUCUUUGGUCACUUGUCAACCGCUCUAAGAUCUUUGACGUCACAUUUCUAGACAUGUUUUCGAGGCUUGCCCGAGAUUCCGUGACUAACGAACAUGUUGACUUCUCAGAACAUGGUAUAUUCACAAAGGAACAGUCUGAUCUCAUAUUUACAGCAAUCUUGAGGUUAACCGAGAUACCUGUUGGACAAGCAACCACUCCAUACAGCCCGAUGGUCGACAUGGCUUCUGGCCUCGGCGUAUAUCUUGAAACAGACAAGAAGCGAACACCCGUAGGGUAUACGAUUGCACGGUGGAUAGUGAUGUCUCUUUCGCCGUUAACUCUCAACUGCGAAAAUUCAAUCUUGUCAAAUCUUGAGGGGUUGAUACAGUCCAUCGAUACCUUUUUCCAUCCGUCGAAUAAUGGAAACUGGGCAGAUAUACUAGCACAAACUGUUUUCCACCUCGUUGAUUUCUUCCUGUUGCGCUGGAACCGGGAACAGAGUGGUGAAAUGGACACACCACCCGCGCGACGUAUCACUCCUGAAUUAAAGAAAAGAUUUGUCCUUAUCCUAAAAGAUGUAGUUUUUAUGGGAAUCUUUUCGAAAAGAUCCAAGAUUCUCAAUUACUAUUUUGUUGCACUUCAAGGUCUAGCAAAUCUGGAACCAAAUUUGAUUUUGCCAGGAGCGUUGCAGCGGUUUUACCCUUCUCUUCAAGGUUUAGUCGAAGUCCAUCGAACGUCUUCAUCUCUUUGCAGUCUUCAAAUGCUCGCCAAUGUAAUGUCGAAACAUAAGGGCUACCGUUGUCAUAUUACAGCGUUGCUAGCUCUAGCUUUACCCGGUAUCGACGCCAAUGAUUUGUCUAAAACCCAAUACACUCUGAACUUCAUACAGGCUGUGGCAUUUAGUAUACCAUUUACAGACCUUACGAGGAAUUACGAUGGUAUUCAUGACACAUCCCUUGCCAUUCAGUGGGUACAGGGUGAGAUGGAACGACUGGAACGAGAUGGCCCAAACGUGGAGAUCGACUAUGCUACAGAGCUUAGUGAUGAGGACGAAGCCAAUAUCCUGCGAUCUUCCACUGCCGGUUUUGGCGAGUUCGUCUUAGCUUUGCUUGGAAAAGUGUUCACCUUAUUGGAAAAUUUACCUGAACAGUCCAGGAUACGAACAGGAGCUCCUGAGGAGAACGUUGUCAACGUCUUACCUAGCGCUCUCACUCCAUUGUUCUGUUCUUUAUCACCUGAUCUCUUCGACAUGGCACUGGAGAAGAUGGCAGCUUUUAUUAAUAGCCAUGUUGUCCACCAGGCUAGGGAUGCCAUGGCUUUUAUCAUCAAUUCAAUUUGCAAGGCUAAUCCGGAGAGGACCAUAAAGUUACUUCUGCCCAUGCUUGUGAUUGGCAUUCGGAAUGAGAUCGACUACAAUGAUGCUGCAUCUGACAGGAAUAGCGGUUCUGACGUUUUACCCCGCGACCGAGCUUUAGUUUGGCACUUGAGUAUGCUUAGCAUGAUUGUUGUCCAUGUUGGAGAUGCAGUUAUGCCAUAUAAGAAAGAACUUUUUGAUGUAGCUCUUUACAUGCAAGAAAAGUGCCAUGGUCUCGCUACGACCCAUGUUUCUAAUUUUAUUCACCACCUCCUGCUCAACCUCACCACAAUAUAUCCUGUUGAUACAGCUCUGUAUGAACCAGAUGUCUUUGAGAGAGGCCUUGAUGUUGGUGAUUGGGGUCGCAACACUAAACCAUCAGAUUUAACGAUAAAAUGGCAUGUGCCUUCCUCCGACGAGAUCGAUCUAGCCGUCGAAAUAUUUGAGUCUCAAGUGAAGACAUCGAUAGAGAAGCUUACUGAUCUGACCAGCGACACCCCUGCGGUCUCACGAAAGGGAAAGAACAAAGAGUGGUCAGAUGAGGUUGAGAGGGCUCUUACACAUAUUCGGUUGAUGAUGUCAGGAGUUUCUGUCCUCUUCGAUCCCAAAGCAGCUGCUGGAAAUUUAGAUACAGAACGUGAUUCAAAUGGCGACAUCGGCAUGAAUGGGGAUAACCCUAUGGAAGGAGAUGAUGAUCCUUUGGCGGAGGCUUCCGAGGAUGAGGAAACCAGACCUCAAUUUCACUAUCGCGCAGGAUACCUUUUAGAGAACAAUAGUCCCGCUUAUGUUCGUAUACACAAACUUCGCGAGGAUGUUGGCCAUCUUUAUUGCAAAAUGCACGACUUUUUGGGGCAGCACCAAGAAGACGAUGUUCCUUGUUUUACCGCACUUUAUCUGGCAUAUAAAUCGUGGAUCACCGAUGUCGGCAAUGAAAAAUCUGCUCAUACUCUAGAGCGAAUGAACAAAAUCUACCUCUCCGAGGUUCGAUCUUUCAAAGUCACAGGACUCCGAAAGGUAUAUCCAAGACCCUUACUGAUAAAGCGUGCUGGAAGUUAUCACCUACAACGUUCCAAGCACAAUGCAUCGGCACGACAAAAGUCGGAACUGGAUAAGCAACUUCUAUUGAAUUUGGCAUCUUCAGCCAUCUCUCAAUAUGCCGAAGUUCGAGUUACGGCUCAGCAAGCUAUGGAAUCCGCUUUGAAGAGCGUGAUUGGUGGUCGACCUCUAGUCAUACCCCCACUACUGAGUGCUUUCAGGAAAGCUUUGGAAACAAAUGACUUUGACCGGAUCAAGGGUUGUCUUUACACCUUACUCUUUGGUAGCCUUACGAAGACAAUCUCGAAGGAUUGGCGAUUUGCACCAGAGUUGAUCGAUCUCUACAUCAAAUCUGGAUCUGUGGAUAAGCCCUCCAUUCAAAAGGUAGGUAAUACUGCCAUGUACGGAGGAUUAAUGGAAUUCGGCAGGAGGAUGGAGACUCUUGUUAUCCUCGAUCAAGUCUCCAUUCAAGAAAUUGAACCAAAGGAAGACUCCCACUCAAUUAUCCAGACCAGAAAUGACUUUAUCGUGGGGCGACGUGUUAGUGUGGAAGAAAAGAAAUGGAACUUAGCAGCAGAGCUUACUGAAUUUGCCAGAACAGCACAUUGGAAACUUGCCGCACGAUGCACUUUGUUCAUCAAUAAUUUGGGUCUCCGAAUCCAAACACUUGCGCCGCCUUCUAUGAUUGAGCUUGCUACACUAGGCGCCGUAACUGAUCAUCCUGGACUUCGAGCUGCCCAUACUGAAUUCAUGACACGCAUUCUGAAUCAUGUUGAAACUCGUGCUAUCUAUGGCCACAGCUUCGAAAAGUAUAUCCGUGAGGAGGAGUUUCAGCCCAAUAAGCUCGAAAUUCCUGUUGAUAGCAAGGAUCCUAUGUGGACGAAGAAAUUUUUGGACUCGUUCGCGGAACCUGGACAACCAGAAUAUUUCCUGGACCGCGACUGGCCAGGAUGGCUUGUGUGGGGCAAGAGUUUUACUGCUAUGCGAGCGGACCCUGUAGAAUUCACGGACUUUGAUGAACUGGAAACUUCUGCACGAAAGCAAAUUGGAUCUCUCCUGACAUUGGAUUGGUAUCAAAAGUUCUUUAUGUACAUGAAGCAAGAACCAAGAGAUGCCUCUGCAGAUCGCUUCCGAGUGCAAAAUACAACCUUGCUCGUUCAAACAUUCGAGUUGAUGCAUUCCGGACUUACAUCAGCUACUUUUGAUGAGAUCAAAGAAGAGGUCAAAAAGGUUUUCGAAGAUGGUAGUGACAAACAUCAGCAUCGUGCAACGGCCGAAAUCAUGGCUGGUCUUAUGCUUUCUACAUACGACUUUCCUAAUGCAAAGCGUGAUGAAGUUUGGGGAUUCUGCUUGCCUAUUAUGUUGAAUGUCUUCUCCGAAGGAUUGACCCCAGAAAACCUGACGUACUGGCUCACGGGUCUUCACAUGGUUAUUGGCGGAAGAGAUCCUAGGUCUUCAAGAGAACUCUUUGAUUUCCUCGUUUCGUUCCGGUUGGAUAUGACUUCUAACGCAGCUUUCAAGGAUAGUUCCAAGAUUCAACUUUUAGAUGUUGCUAUCUCUGAUGCUGGAUGGCAUUUCCGUAACGAUGAGCCGAUUCUACGAGAUUUUCUUGACCACAUCGACCACCCCUACAAAGCUGUGAGAGAAGCAAUCGGCCGUGCAACUGCUACUAUAUAUCGUAUGAGAUACUUUGAGGCUUUCAAAGAUGUAGAUACUCUUCUCCAGGCGAACAAAACGGUUUCUUCAAUUGGUAUCAAGCCUUACAUACCUACAGAAGAUUUCUCUUCAACCAUUAGAGAAGUCUUUAGGCGACUAGAAGUAUGGCGUGGUCAACGAGCUCCAGGCGAGCAAACACCAACUUCGUAUACUAAUGGUAGCAAGACAGUAUUGUUAUGGCUUGAUUCCACUUUACAAUCUCAUGAAUGUACACAACUCAUUGAUUUCUUUCCAAAUGUGUUCAUGGAACAAUUAUUACACAUGAUGGACGUCAAAGAAGACCCAGAACUUCAACGUCUCGCCUACCACGUCUAUCGCCAUCUUCCAAAUAUUCCCUUCCGUGCUGGUGAAGAUGGCGAGUUUAUCUCGGCUCUCAUUCGUAUCGGCAAGGUAUCCGCGUCAUGGCAUCAACGCUUACGAACCUUGAUUAACAUGCAAGUGAUCUAUUUCCGUCGCAUCUUCCUCAUCCGUCCAGCCGAGCAGCAAGCUCUUUUCUCUGCCGUGGCCGAAAUGCUUGAGGAUACACAACUUGAAGUUCGUCUCGGCGCAUCUACUACCCUAGCUGGCAUGAUUCGAUGCUCACCCAUCAUCCUUCGCGAGAAUAUUCUCUCAUCCCUACGCAUCAAAUUCACACAAGCCCUUAAGAAGAAUCCUAUGCCCAAGAAAGUACAGGGAGUAAGCACACCAAUAAAUUUAAAUGCUCAAAUAAUCAGAAGACAUGCUGCUGUUCUUGGAUUAGGCGCCUUGGUCAAUGCAUUUCCGUAUGCAACACCGCCACCAGAAUGGAUGCCGGAGGUCUUGGCUACAUUAGCAAGUAGGGCUGCGAAUGAUGCUGGUGCAAUUGGUAAAACUGUCAAGAGUGUCUUGGCUGAUUUCAAAAAAACACGUCAAGAUACUUGGGUUACUGAUCAGAAGGUAUGUUUUUUUCACACUUUUAUCCUCCAAAUAUGUAGUCCGCAUUUAACUAAUCAUUGACAAUAGUAUUUCACACCUGAGCAAUUAGAAGAUUUAGAAGGCGUGCUGUGGAAAUCUUAUUUCGCAUAAGACGCACGCAAUGGUGGCACCACGAUAUCAGAGUUAGAGUUUAUUAUGAUGAUAGCUAGGAUUUUUCAGAGAGCAUGGGUGAUGAUAACAUGGGAGUUCUCUGUUUUUUCUUUACUCGAUUGCAUUACUAGUAUAGCCAAUGAGGCAUUUUUUCAACCCGAGCUGGGACAGGAACAAGAAGGUUCACAUGGUAUGAUUUGACUUCCCCGUGAUCUUGGUCAAGACUAGGAUUCAAAUUAGGAUGUUGAAAUAUCGAAAAGUCAAGGGCGUGAAUGAGAUAUCAGUGGGCGGGAAAGUGUACAAUAAAUAGCAAGGGAUAGAAUCAAUAAAUGGGAGUUAUUGAUCUCAAUUGCGAUUCUGUAUACUUGUUAGCACUUCAAGUUAAGCGUCAACAUUGUAUUGCACUGGGUCGCAUUAGAAAGCAUAUGAUAGUAUA